CGGCAGCAUCCGUGCACGGCGCAGCACCGCUCCGCGACGCAUUCAGACGUUUGUGCUGUUUCUGUCCGCUCCCCAUUAUCACCACAUCGGCUCGAACUGAGGUCCACAAUGGAGACCAAACCGGUCAUCACCUGCCUUAAAACGCUCCUCAUCGUUUAUUCCUUCGUGUUCUGGAUAACAGGAGCCAUCCUGCUUGCAGUUGGAGUAUGGGGGAAGCUGAUGCUGGGCCCAUACAUCUCUCUGAUAGCUGACAACUCCACCAAUGCUCCAUACGUCCUCAUCGGCACCGGGACUGUCAUCAUUGUUUUUGGCCUGUUUGGAUGCUUCGCCACCUGCAGAGGAAGCCCAUGGAUGCUGAAGCUGUAUGCCAUGUUCCUGUCGCUCGUCUUCCUUGCCGAGUUAGUGGCAGGGAUCUCUGGAUUCGUGUUUCGCCACGAGAUAAAAGGAACCUUUCGCAGGACUUACACCGACGCCGUCCUGAACUACAAUGCUGAGGACGAGGCGAGCCGCGCUGUGGAUAACCUGCAGCACAAGCUGCGUUGCUGUGGUGUUUACAACUACACCAGUUGGUUUGCCAGCGUGUAUUACCCCUCCAACGGAAUUCCUGCCAGCUGCUGCUUUAACGCCUCUGAUUGCAACCCAGAAGAUCUCCGCAAUGCAACUGUAGCCCCGAACAAGGUCUACCACCAGGGCUGCUUUGAGUUGGUCACUUCGUUCAUGGAAACCAACAUGGCCAUUAUUGCAGGAGUGACGUUUGGGAUCGCCUUCUCACAGCUGAUUGGCAUGUUGCUGGCCUGCUGUCUGUCCCGGAUCAUCACAGCCAAUCAGUAUGAGAUGGUCUAGCUGAUGUGACAUGGCAGGGAGAUGGAGAGAAGAGGAGACAAAAGAAUAAAUUCCCAGAAACUCCAGCGCACACGUGAACUGGAAUAGACCUCCGUCUGUCUCUCUGCCUGCGAUCUUAAUGUAUUAUCUUAAUGUAACUUCUUGUAACGCACCAUUCCUUGACUCACUGCAGUUGCAUCAAAGCCUACUAUACCACACACUCCACAUGCUUGAUGUAAACGUUGCUCAUUAGUAGGUUCUUUCUGAUCAGCGCAGCCCAUAAUAAGCAGGUGGAGCAGAGUUGUUUGAGCCGACAGCCUUCAGAAGGUCAUUAUUUAACCCUGAGAUUAGUUAAACCUUUCAUCAUUUUCUCAUCGCCCAUCUUUGUUUUUCUUACGUGAUUAUGUGCACUCAGGAGGGUUUACUGUAUCGAAGGAGAGAAAAGGGAGAAUUAUUGUAUUUUUUUAUGACAGCAUAAAAAUCUAUUGUGUUUUUGCCCAAAACAUAAAAAGUCGUAAAUUUUGACUAAAGACAAAAAAAGUGAUUUCUUUUGUGAUGGUUCUACUGUGAAUUUUUUUUACUAUGUUUGUAGCCUUCAAAUUAUAGUGUUUAAUCAGUUUGAUGAAGAGGGAAAAGCAUGCUUGCUUUGUCACGUCAGCUGGCUCAGAGUGCAGUGAACUUUAUGUGAAAUGUAGAUUUAUAGCAUCAAAUUCUGUCCAGUUCUUCUAAAACGCCUCUUUUUGCUACAAUAAUUCAUUCUAUGAAUAAGAAAAGCUAAAUUAGAGAGCAACACAGCUAAAAAGAAACCCUUUGUUUGGAUUUUAGCUUUUUAUUACCCUCAAAAUCAGCACUAAGGUGAAGAUGAAUCUGAAGACGAAUCUUCGUCUUUAUUCCAUUUCGUUUGUGCGCAGCAGCAGUACCACAGCAUGAUGCUACCACCGCCGUGCUCCGCAGUUGGUACAGCGUUCGCACCGUCAAAAUGAGAGCCAAUCUACACCUUUAAAAACCUUUGACUUCUCCUAAAUGAUUUUAUUGUUGUUGAUGUUUUGAAUCAGAAAGACUUUGAAUGAAUUUGUUCAUUUUUGAAGUUAGCAGAUGUUUGGACAGUUUUUUAAAAGAAAUGCACUAAAACGGUUGCACCUUGUUGGAUGCAAAAGGAAGAAUAAUUGAAAUACAGCUGCAGUCAGAAAUGUAUAAACACACGGUUGAUUUGAACUGUUCUUUGUUCAGGGUGGACUACAACAUACAAACUCAGUGAUUUUUAAAAACAGGACUACGUGCACACGUUUGAAUGUAUUGUGAAGUUUAAAUAAAUAGCUGUACUCUGGUAUUUGGUUAAAUGCUCCUUAGCAGGUUGUACCUCAACCACAGGCUUUUUAUAGACAUCAACAGCUUUGAUGAAUAUUUGACCUCUUUUGGUCAAAAUAGGUACAGUUUAUUUAAAUUGGUGGGUUUCCUGGCACAAACUCAGUUUUUAGGCUCCAGCUUUGUGAAGAUCAUUCAAGGCAUUGUGUUGUUUCACUUUAUUUAGUCAGGAACCAGUUCUGAUGUGUGUUUGGGAUCAUUGGAACGUCCAGUUUACAAGCAGCUGUUGAUCUGAGCUGGAGCUGAAGGAUUUGGAGGCCGACCUCCUUUAUUAUUCCAAUCACUUUGUGCUAUGCAUUAGUGCCACCAUGAUGCUACCACCACCAUGCUCGACAGUGUCUUCAUUCAAAAUUAUCACUUGGACUCCACCAAACAUGCUUCUUGUCACUGGUUAUAUACAAAUUCUGACCCCAGCUGUAUUUAAUGUUCAUCAUUCUUUGUCUAAAUCAGGUCUCCCUUGUAAAUGAGUCCUCGAGGCUCAAUGAGACGAACCUGUAUAAAUAAAGGUUGAAUGAAUGUUGGUUUAAGAGGUGACAAACUGCCCUUAUUGCACUGAUGUUGACUGAAUGAUUACUUUGUGUGAAGGUGUUAAGGACUGGAUGCUGCUUCAUGAUCCAAGGUACAUUUUCUGUUACAUUUUACUCCUUGUGUUCUGUCUUUUUGUUCAACCAGCUGUCAGGACUUCGCUGUAAAUCUUGUUUUUGCUUAGCCUUUAGGAAAAAGUCAGCGGAUCAACCGUUUUCACCAUCAGGGUCAUGAAUUGUCUUCUUCUGGUGGAGUAUUCUGUAAUGAGAGCGCUCUGUUACAAAGGGAGAUUAGCCGAACGCGUUUGGUAUUCUGUGUAGUCCAUCAGCCUGCUGCCAUCAUCAUCAUCAUCAUCACCCUCAUCUGUAGAUAUGUAUUGGAAAUGUAAUUUAUAUGAUGUGACGUUUCACUGACUAAUACGCUACUUAGUAUAACUGUUGUGUCACGGUUUUAAAUCCACAUUUUGUGCUCUGAAUCAGUAUUUGUUUGAUAGUUUAUAAGAAUCUUGCACUGGAAAAGCAAUUGUGGCUGACGUUUUGUUGAGUAGAGCUCAGUUUAGCUGUUUUGUUAGGUUUACAGUUUCACUUAGGCCUUUUCUAUCUCCCUCUCUUGACGUGUGAGAGUGUGUGUGAUUUGGCUUCUUUGAGUGUGUGUCAGUAAAAUCAAUGUAGACUUAGUGGCUCCUGCUGUGAUCAGUUGUUUUUUUUGGUCAGUAUUUUGUUGUGACUUUUCCCUCCUUUCCAAGCUGUAAAUUUAGUUGGUGAAUGUAUGUUUUUCAACACCCUUCUCCAAUUUAUUGUUCUGUAAAUACUAACAUGUAAUACCAUCUAGCUUACACAUGGGGGCACUAGACCCCCAUGCAGAGUUGCACCAUGCUGUCACCAUCAGUGGUCUUAUCAAUAAAUAUACACAGU